AUGUCUCUCGCCGAUCCAGUAGCUUUCAUGAAGGAUUUCCUCGCCGGAGGAAUUUCCGCAGCCAUUUCGAAAACAUGCGUCGCUCCGAUCGAGAGAGUCAAGCUACUUCUGCAAGUCCAGCACAUCUCCAAGCAGAUCUCAGAGGAACAGAGAUACAAGGGUAUGGUAGACUGCUUCGUCCGCAUCCCCAAAGAGCAGGGUGUCUUGGCGUACUGGCGCGGUAAUACCGCCAACGUUAUCCGGUACUUUCCCACGCAGGCCCUCAACUUCGCCUUCAAGGACAAGUACAAGCAGAUCUUCCUGAGCGGCGUCGACAAGAAGACGCAGUUCUGGCGGUACUUCCUGGGUAACUUGGCGUCCGGUGGUGCUGCCGGGGCCACGUCUCUUUGCUUCGUCUAUCCUCUCGAUUUCGCCAGAACCAGGUUGGCAGCUGAUGUAGGAAAAGGCGCUGGCGAACGCGAGUUCAGCGGCCUGGGCAACUGUCUCACCAAGAUCUUCAAGGCCGACGGUCUGGGAGGCCUCUACCGAGGAUUCGGCGUGUCCGUCCAGGGCAUCAUAAUUUACAGAGCCGCCUUCUUCGGCUUCUACGACACCGCCAAGGGUAUCCUGCCCGACCCCAAGAACACGCCGCUGCUCAUCUCGUGGGCCAUUGCUCAGACUGUUACCACCAUUGCCGGCAUCAUCUCCUAUCCCUUCGACACGGUGCGUAGGCGCAUGAUGAUGCAGUCCGGCCGCAAGAAGACCGAAAUCAUCUACAAGAGCACGGCGCAUUGCUGGGCCACCAUCGCCAAGAGCGAAGGCGCGGGAGCCUUCUUCAAGGGGGCCUUCUCCAACGUACUGCGUGGUACCGGUGGUGCCAUAGUCCUGGUCAUGUACGACGAGAUCAAGAACGUCAUCAUGUAA